UGUGUUCCAAUAAAACGAAGAAACCUGUUUCAGUUAUGGGAGUUCUAUUCAACAUCAUUCUCUGUGCCCUAGCUACUAGCAUGGUUGCUGGUCGAUGCAACAGGUACUGCUAUACAAAAUGGAUGGACAGAGACGAUCCUUCGGGAAAAGGUGAUUACGAGAUUUUCUCACUUGUUUCAAGGACGACAGUUUGCCCCGAACCUGUUGGAAUUCAAUGUCAAACCACAACUGGAGCUCCCUACAAAAGCACAGGUGACUUUCUCUCAGUUGCUUGCGAACCUCGUGGUGGCUUAGCGUGCAUUAACAGUGAUCAAAGGUUGGGAAAGCAGUGCAACGACUACAGAGUGAGGUACCUUUGCCCUGAAGGAAGCAUUCCGGACACCAGAGGCAUUGUUUGUAAUGAUUUCUAUGAAACAUCUUUCACGGACCGGGAUGAUCCCUCGGGUCGCUGUGACUGUGAGACAGUUAACCUCCCCAAAAAUUCUUGUCUUGGAGGAGCUACACCAGCUGGGAUAAGGUGCAACGAUGUGAGAACCAAUAGAGACUUUGCGGUGUUUGAGCAGAAGAUGACAUGCAAACCUGAUGAUGGAGGGUAUUGCUGGAACAGAGACAAUCCGGAAGGCUGUAGGGAUUACAAAGUGCAGUACAUAUGCCCUUUUGAUGUUGAGGCAGCUGGCCAAGCCCAGGACUUGCCUGAGGGAACCCUGGAGGAGGACUUUGAAAGAGUAGUUGCUGCACACUCCGCUGAUUCUGAACAUGAAAUGUGAACAAGACAAUGUAAUACAUAAUUAGUUAGAGAGACAACUGCAUGACAUGAAUUAAGUAUCUUAUAAAACUUUCUUUGAAAAAAGCUAAUUUUACUAACAAA